AGAAGGUGAGUCACGAUGACCAAGUGGCCGAGGAGAAAGUACAGGGCUUUUGAAGCAGGCCUUCGCUGGGGACUCGGAAUAAACUUAUCGAAGGCCAAGAGGAACCUGAGCAACAACCUGCAGCGCUUCAAGUUCGAAUGCAUCGGCAACAGUCAGACGGAAGACGAGAUAGUCAUCGGGGGAUCACUCAGGGAGUUCGCCCAGAUCAUCGACAUGGUGGAGGACGAGCGGGAGAGAAUGCUGGACCGGUCCUACGAGCAGAUCAUCGGGCCCCUGGAGAACUUCCGGAAGGAGGCCAUCGGGGGCGCGAAGGAGGGCCGGAAGAAGUUCGAGAAGCAGACGCAGAAGUUCUGUCAGUCGCAGGAGCGCUACCUCAACCUCUCCACCAAGAAGGACGACCAGGUGCUGCAGGAGGCUGAUGCUUCAGUGGAGAUGGAACAGCGGCACUUUGUGCACGCCUCACUUGACUACGUAUUUCUGCUGCAGGAGGUUCAGGAAAGGAAGAAGUUUGAGUUUGUGGAAACGUUAUUGAGUUACAUGUAUAGUUGGUUGACAUUCUAUCAUCAAGGCCACGAAGUGUUCAAUGACUGUAGCCCUUACAUGCGUAAUCUACAAGUUCGAGUACAAAGGACCCGAGAGAACUUCUUAGCAACCCGCCAAGAGUCAGUUUCCCUGAAGAACAAGAUGCUGGAGCUUGUUUUUCAGAAAUCAAUGGAUCCAGGGAACAUGGACAAAAUGUACACUCGACAAGGAUAUCUCUUCCUGAUGGAGAAAAAUAACGCCAAACCUUCACCUGCAUCUUUUCCUUUGUUAGUUUUUCAAAAGGCAUUUGGGACGACCUGGACCAAGCACUAUUGCCUUUAUCAGAAGGAGAACCGUGUCUUCACAAUGAUCCCCUACAACCAGAUACAACACAAAAUUACUUCAACGGAGACCAUGGUACUCAAGUCUUGUGUACGUCGAAUGUCAGACAGCAUAGAUAAGAGGUUCUGCUUUGACCUGACGGCGCAAGACAAGCCUGGUGUCCUGUACACUUUACAGGCACUGUCGGAGGAGGAUCGCAAACACUGGAUGGAUGCCAUGGAUGGAAAAGAACCUAUGUAUGCGCACCCAAGUGGAGGUGUUGGAUCACAAGAAGAAACCUCCCUAGAUGAAGUUGGAUUGAGUUUCACUUCACGAGCAAUAGCAAUGCUUGAAAGUAGAGGGCUGGAGGAUCAAGGUUUGUACCGCUUAGUGGGUGUCUCCAGUAAAGUAUCAAAGCUCCUUGCAUUGGGCCUUGACCGGCGAAAAUCAGAGAAAUUGAUGCUUGAUGACCCAGCCGAGUGGGAGGUGAAAACCAUCACAUCUGCCAUUAAGCAGUACUUCCGUAAUCUUCCGGAACCCCUAAUGACAUACAAGCUUCAUAGUGCCUUCAUUGCUGCUGCAAAGCAAGAUCGGUUGUUUCAGCGUGUAAAUGAGAUCCACAGUUUGGUUCAUAAGCUGCCUAAGACAAAUUUCACUGUUCUUAAGACCCUCGUUCAGCAUUUAGUAAAUGUGUCCAGUAAGAGCGAAAAGAAUUUGAUGACUGUUAGUAAUCUUGGUGUGUGCUUUGGGCCAACUUUACUGCGACCAGAAGAGGAGACUGUAGCUGCCAUUAUGGAUAUUAAGUUCUGCAAUAUUGUUGUUGAAAUCCUCAUUGAGCACUAUGAUAAGAUAUUUAAUACUGUCCCGGAGCCUCUUGUGGAUGUGAACAGAGUGACAGAGGGAAAGACCUCACCCAAAUCAUCUCCUCCUCCUUCAAAUAACCACACCAGUGCUUCCCAGUCUUCUUCACAUACGUACUCAUCCUCUAAUGCUUCAAAACAUAUGCCAGUCUUACAGAAGGUUGUGACAUCCUUUACAACAAGUGAACCCCAGACAGUGCACUUUGGUGCACCAUCAAGUCUUCCCCCGCACCUACAACGUUCAGAUGCAUCAUCCAACCUCAAGACUCAGACAACACCCUCUGGGGUUGGGUCAGGUCUCCACACACAUGUACCAAGUGUGUAUGCAAAUGUCCCACCUCCACCAUCUGCUACACAUCACUGGAGCAACUCACCUUCUUUGUCUAGUCUUAACUCUGGCUUAAACUCAGGACUCAACUCACACAGUUCACUUGUUUCACUGAGUUCAGCUGUAGCAGCUUCCGUUGGUGUAGGAAGUAUGUAUGAUACUGGGCAGAAUAAUCGACCUGCGCGGCCUCCUGCUCCCACCAAUGGUCAGGCCAGAGCACUGUCCUUUGUGAACCCUUUGUCUGAUCGAAGCGAUGGAGUUCAGAGUACCAGCAGCUCGAGCGAGUCCCUGUCAUCGCGGUCAUCCCGUGAGUUGACACAACCUCCCUCCAGCUCCCUCUCCUCCUCACCGCAGACAAGUAAGAGGUUUCCUCCCCAUGUCGUGGCUCCUCCCAAGCUGGGUGCUAAUGGCCCUCACCGAGAUCUCCGUGUGCAGCAGACAAACCAUUAUGCGUUUAACAACAGCACUUGGUAUGUACCACUUUCAGGUGCACGACUGGGGACGGCAUACCCGCCUACGUACCGGCAACACAUGGAAACUCUGUGCAAGAGACAAUCUCUGGAGUACCUCUACUCAUCUAUGAAUUCGAUUAGUGGGUCGCAGUCAACAUCAAGUCUUCUGGCCCCGACCAGCUCCUCUCCACCGCCUUCUGCUACUUCGAAUGGAACAGCCAGUUCUCCUCCAAGACGUGUAAGAACGCUGUAUGCAUGUGUAGGGGAAAAUGAGUCUGAGCUUUCCUUUGAGCCCAAUCAAAUCUUAUGCAAUGUUCGGCCAUCCCGAGAACCAGGCUGGCUAGAAGGAACCCUCAAUGGCCGCACUGGUCUUGUUCCUGAAAACUAUGUAGAAGCAGUAGAUGAUAAACCUCCUCCUCCUCGACUUCUAUCCCAGAGAAACACAGAUGUGUAAAUCUAAGAGAAACAUUCAUAAUUUAGUAGAUAUGAAGUGGAUGUAUUAACUUAGGCUUCAUAUCUUUGAAACUGUAGUGUGUCUUAUGUUAUACCAGGGUGACAUAAUGCAUAUUGUUGACCAAUAAUAUGUGUGUAUGUGCGUAUGUGUGUGCAUAAGGUAAAAUGCUGUGCUUGCAGUGUUGUACUACCUGCAGGGAUAGAGCAUUGCCUUUCAGAGAAUAUACUUUUGGCCUUAGGUACUGCCAGAAUGAAAGCUCCUUAUCUUGAGCUGCAGAAGGGAAUCUUAAGCCAUAUCCAGUUCUCAGACUGAUUGAUAUAUAUAUAUUUUUUUUUAGUAUAGAGCUAUCUCCCAACUCCAGGCAAGUGAGUUAUGUGCAGGGAAAGAUACAACGUGUCAGGAGUGUGCUGUGACAGGGUGUGCUUAUUCAGAUGGACAUGGAAUCUAAAGUAGGAAAGGUUACAUAGUCAUUUUGAUAGUGGGAGAAUAUAGCUCCCUUAUUUAGCAUAUUCAGUUGUCACAACUCAUUACUGGAGUACCAAUAUAUAUAUCAUUUAUGGUUAUUUCUAGAGCCAAAAGGAAUGAUGAACUUAUAUCUAAAGAAAGAAAACAAAAAUAUGGUGAUCGUUUGUGGAGGGAGCCUGAGGAGCAUAUCCAUGUAUCAGUGAUGACCUAGUCUGAACCAAACCUACUUGGAGAAUGUA